CUGUUUGUAUUUUUAUACUUAGUAAAUUAACUUUCUGUUGAUUUUUUAUUUAAACAAAAAUUCAAAAACUUACAAUUGUUUGUACUCAAGUAAAGUUAAGUUGCCUUUUUUAGACUAAUUGUACAGUACUUUAUUAAAAUGGGUAAUUCAGGUUUAAAACAACAUUAUGAAACGGCGUCAAAAACAGGAGUUUUACAAAUAUCAAAUCAUAAGUUAAAGGAAAUACCAGAAGAAGUUUUCACCUUAGCGGAACAACUCAGAAAUUUGGACCUAUCGAAGAACAAAAUACCAUAUAUUCCUGAAGAUAUGAGCAUGUUUAAGUUUUUAAAACAACUAAAUGUGAGCACAAAUAUGAUACAUAUUUUGCCAGAAUCAUUAGCCAAUCUGAAAAAGUUGGAACUGCUCAAUGUUUCAUUUAAUUCACUUACAUGCUUACCAAGUACCUUUUCUGGUUUAACUAAUUUAAAGCAAAUCUAUUUAAAUAAUAACAAAUUCAAAGUUUUCCCAAAGGAAUUGCUAGGACUACCUAACAUUGAGGUUGUAGAUCUUUCAAAUAACAAAAUGACGGAGAUCCCAACAGGUAUGUCAAAAUUCUAUGCAGUUGAAUUCAAUGUGAGUCAAAAUGAGAUUUCUGUUUUAAGUGAGGAUUUAUAUCAAGCACCACGAUUGAAAAUAUUGAGAUUAGAAGAAAAUUGCUUAAGUCUAGAUAUGAUUACACCAAGCUUGCUAAGAGAUUCUAAGAUACACACAAUUAAUAUUGAUGGUAAUCUCUUUGAACCAAAACAAUUAGCAUCGCUGGAAGGCUAUAAUGAAUAUACAGAAAGAUAUACGGCUAUGAAAAAGAAAAUGUUUUGAUGAUAUAUUUAAUCAAAAACAUUGAUAAGAUUUGAUAUGGUGAUGUUUUGAUGUUUUAUGUAUUGUUAUAGUGUAUGUAAAAAGCUUAUAGAAUAUUAAUAAUACAAGCUUUAAUAAAAAUCACAACAAACGCACACUACUUACAAUAAUAAUA